CAAAGCUCAAUUUGUAUUUUGACGCAAGUCCGGCCAUUGCGACCGUGUCCCGGGGGAGGUUCGAGUGUCUGGCACGGGGACGCGUUACGUAGGGGCCGUUUGUAAUGUAUUUUCAAUUGGGGAAAACGCUCCUCAGACAAACCGAACAUGUUUGCUUCACUUAACCCUUUAUAUCCGUAACGGGGAGUGUUACUAACUCUUUCACUACAAACGAUCGUCGAAACUUGAGUUAAACUGGUGCAGGUGGAUGGGUUUUAACUGUGUUGCGUUUCCAUUGUUCCAAUAUGUUUGCUGACUGAUUUCACGUUGUUGUGUUACAUAUAAAGCGUUUGAUUUGUGUUUUCGUCGUUGGUGUGAUAAAAGAUUGUUAAGGUCAACGAUUAGAAGGGUCUUGUGCGCAUUUAUGAGUUGACAGUCUUGAUAAAAUGAGGCAAAUUGUUGUUUUGGUCUUCGCACUUGCUAACUGUUGUUACUCAAAUCCUGUUUCGAACCAGGAAAUUAAUGCACACAUCAAUAGCACCAUAUCACAAAUACUAGAAGCCAAUUCGAAAUGCAUUGAAAAAGUCCAAUUACCAUUUAACAUGAUGGACAAAAUUAAACUGAAAGAAGAAGUGCAAGACUCUCCAUUAGUCAAGGCGUACACGAAGUGCUUCCUCACAAAACUACAACUUCUUAACCCUCAAGGAACCAUCUCAGAAGAGCAGUUUCGAAACAAAAUAAAAAACGGCAGAAAUCUGACGCAAGAUGAAAAAUCCUGUUUCGUUUCCAAAAGCAAUUCGGAAGAAACAGCCUACCAGUUUUUUAAAUGUAUGCGUUACAUCCAUUAAUUGAAGGAAUAAAUCAAAUUAAACUAC